UUCCGGUCUCCCUCCCGGACCGGCGCUGGCCUAACCGCGGCCCUAGCCCGGCGCACUCCGCCCUCCGCUCCUCCCGCCCGGCCGCCGCGGAGGUCGUUUUAGUCCUUCCCUCCUGCUACCGCCGCCGCGCCAUGGAGAAGAGCUCGAGCUGCGAGAGUCUCGGUUCCCAGCGGGCGGUAGCCCGGCCGCCCAGCGUGGACUCCCUAUCCAGUGCCUCUACUUCUCAGUCAGAGAAUUCAGUGCAUACAAAAUCAGCUUCUGUUGUAUCAUCAGAUUCCAUUUCAACUUCUGCAGAAAACUUCUCUCCUGAUUUGAAGGUCCUGAGGGAGUCUAACAAAUUAGCAGAAAUGGAAGAACCACCCUUGCUUCCAGGAGAAAAUAUUAAAGACAUGGCCAAAGAUGUAACCUAUAUAUGUCCAUUCACUGGUGCUGUACGAGGAACUCUGACUGUCACGAAUUACCGAUUAUAUUUCAAAAGCAUGGAACGGGAUCCCCCAUUUGUUUUAGAUGCUUCUCUUGGUGUGAUAAAUAGAGUAGAAAAAAUUGGUGGUGCUUCUAGUCGAGGUGAAAAUUCUUAUGGACUAGAAACUGUGUGCAAGGAUAUUAGAAAUUUACGAUUUGCUCAUAAACCUGAGGGGCGAACAAGAAGAUCAAUAUUUGAGAAUCUAAUGAAAUAUGCAUUUCCUGUCUCUAAUAACCUGCCUCUUUUUGCUUUUGAAUACAAAGAAAUGUUCCCUGAAAAUGGAUGGAAACUGUAUGACCCACUUUUAGAAUAUAGAAGGCAGGGAAUUCCAAAUGAAAGCUGGAGAGUAACAAAAGUAAAUGAACGAUAUGAACUUUGUGAUACGUACCCUGCUCUCUUGGUUGUGCCAGCAAAUAUUCCUGAUGAAGAAUUAAAGAGAGUGGCAUCUUUCAGGUCAAGGGGCCGGAUCCCAGUUUUAUCAUGGAUUCAUCCGGAAAGUCAAGCCACGAUCACUCGAUGUAGUCAGCCCAUGGUAGGGGUGAGUGGGAAGAGAAGCAAAGAAGAUGAAAAAUACCUUCAAGCCAUCAUGGAUUCCAAUGCUCAGUCUCACAAAAUCUUUAUAUUUGAUGCCCGGCCAAGUGUUAAUGCUGUUGCCAAUAAGGCCAAGGGUGGAGGUUAUGAAAGUGAAGACGCCUAUCAAAGUGCAGAACUAGUUUUUCUGGAUAUCCACAAUAUUCACGUGAUGAGAGAGUCAUUACGAAAACUUAAGGAGAUUGUGUACCCAAACAUUGAGGAAACUCACUGGUUGUCUAACUUAGAAUCCACUCACUGGCUAGAACAUAUUAAGCUUAUUCUUGCAGGGGCCCUAAGGAUUGCUGACAAGGUGGAGUCAGGGAAGACUUCUGUUGUAGUACAUUGCAGUGAUGGUUGGGACCGUACAGCUCAGCUAACUUCCCUAGCCAUGCUCAUGUUGGAUGGUUACUAUCGAACCGUACGAGGAUUUGAAGUCCUUGUGGAGAAAGAAUGGCUAAGCUUUGGACAUCGAUUUCAACUACGAGUUGGCCAUGGAGAUAAGAACCAUGCAGAUGCAGACAGAUCUCCUGUUUUUCUUCAGUUUAUCGACUGUGUCUGGCAAAUGACAAGACAGUUUCCUACCGCAUUUGAAUUCAAUGAAUAUUUUCUUAUUACCAUUUUGGACCACCUCUACAGCUGUUUAUUUGGAACAUUCCUCUGCAACAGUGAACAGCAGAGAGUAAAAGAGAAUCUUCCUAGAAGGACUGUGUCACUGUGGUCUUACAUAAAUAGCCAGCUGGAAGACUUCACUAAUCCUCUCUAUGGGAGCUAUUCCAAUCACGUCCUUUAUCCAGUAGCCAGCAUGCGCCACCUAGAGCUCUGGGUGGGAUACUACAUAAGGUGGAAUCCACGGAUGAAACCACAGGAACCUAUUCACAAUAGAUAUAAAGAACUUCUUGCUAAACGAGCAGAGCUUCAGAAAAAAGUAGAGGAACUACAGAGAGAAAUUUCCAACCGAUCAACCUCAUCAUCAGAGAGAGCCAGCUCUCCUGCACAGUGUGUCACUCCUGUUCAAACUGUUGUGUGA